AUGCGUUUAGGAGAUGGUUCUGCCCGCACUGAAGGAAUGCGAACUAUGUUCGCGAAGUCGGAGAACCUCUUACGAGAGGUCUUCGCACACGUGGUGACUAGAACUGCUCCGGAUCAGAGGCUCCUUGCAGUCUACUGUUUCAUGCGUUUAGGAGAUGGUUCUGCCCGCACUGAAGGAAUGCGAACUAUGUUCGCGAAGUCGGAGAACCUCUUACGAGAGGUCUUCGCACACGUGGUGACUAGAACUGCUCCGGAUCAGAGGCUCCUUGCAGUCUACUGUUUCAUGCGUUUAGGAGAUGGUUCUGCCCGCACUGAAGGAAUGCGAACUAUGUUCGCGAAGUCGGAGAACCUCUUACGAGAGGUCUUCGCACACGUGGUGACUAGAACUGCUCCGGAUCAGAGGCUCCUUGCAGUCUACUGUUUCAUGCGUUUAGGAGAUGGUUCUGCCCGCACUGAAGGAAUGCGAACUAUGUUCGCGAAGUCGGAGAACCUCUUACGAGAGGUCUUCGCACACGUGGUGACUAGAACUGCUCCGGAUCAGAGGCUCCUUGCAGUCUACUGUUUCAUGCGUUUAGGAGAUGGUUCUGCCCGCACUGAAGGAAUGCGAACUAUGUUCGCGAAGUCGGAGAACCUCUUACGAGAGGUCUUCGCACACGUGGUGACUAGAACUGCUCCGGAUCAGAGGCUCCUUGCAGUCUACUGUUUCAUGCGUUUAGGAGAUGGUUCUGCCCGCACUGAAGGAAUGCGAACUAUGUUCGCGAAGUCGGAGAACCUCUUACGAGAGGUCUUCGCACACGUGGUGACUAGAACUGCUCCGGAUCAGAGGCUCCUUGCAGUCUACUGUUUCAUGCGUUUAGGAGAUGGUUCUGCCCGCACUGAAGGAAUGCGAACUAUGUUCGCGAAGUCGGAGAACCUCUUACGAGAGGUCUUCGCACACGUGGUGACUAGAACUGCUCCGGAUCAGAGGCUCCUUGCAGUCUACUGUUUCAUGCGUUUAGGAGAUGGUUCUGCCCGCACUGAAGGAAUGCGAACUAUGUUCGCGAAGUCGGAGAACCUCUUACGAGAGGUCUUCGCACACGUGGUGACUAGAACUGCUCCGGAUCAGAGGCUCCUUGCAGUCUACUGUUUCAUGCGUUUAGGAGAUGGUUCUGCCCGCACAAUUCGCGAUGAUUACAUUCACUCCGGUGAUUAG